CAGACGGUACGCGAGUAGAGCCUUUAAGGUGUGACUGGGUGGGGGAGGUGGCCAGUGGGCUCCUGGCCAGUACCUUUGGUGUCCGAUUCCUCCCAUUUAGUAAUCGCGUUAGGUGGGUCUGAACAUUAGAGGUGGCGCACUACCUCCUCCCCGGCUGAGGCGAGGAGAGACAGUUGCUGCAGAGAAGAGGGCUAGGAAACGAAGUACUUCCUGGCCAGAGGGCACCUGGGACCGUACAGUCUUGGCGGCGUGCAGUCGGAGAAGAGUCCAAGCGGCGGAGGAAUCCAGCUUCGCCGACGGAGCGGGCGGAGUGCAGCCUUCAGGUUCGGUGUGGGAAACGCUGUGGAGCCAAGGCACGCCCUUCAGUGGCCCCCAGACAGUUCCUUUGGCCAGGCUGUCAGAGGACCUGAAAACGCUGCGGAGCCCUCGCGCUUGCAUCCUUCCUUCUUGCACCCACGUGCAGUCCCAGGCUGGAGAAGGGACCGCGGGCACACUGAGUUCUCAACCCCCAUUUCCAUCUCUGUCUCUUGGUGCACACCUUAAUGAAAGUUGAUUGCUAAGCCGCUGGGAACCCGAGCCUGUAAAGGGGGCUGCAGGAAAUGGAUAGCAGUAUAAAAUCCAGAAGCAGAACUUCGAGGUUUAAUCACUGACCCAUUUCACAGAAUGUUUCAUGCAUUUGUGGACCAAAGAUGGAGUUGGUUUUUAUUUUUAAAAAAGAUACUGUCAGUGAUCUGACACGACUAUCAAUAUUCUCUUGAAGAUGCACGGACUUGUCUUUGGGUUGGACUAUUGGUCAUUUCUGAAAGUUUCUUCAGUUACAGUUUCUAUUUGAAAAUUCAGGUAUCAAAGGAUAUCAGGUUUAAGAUGAUAUAAUGAUGUAUUUUGUCUGAGGACUGCAAAUUUCACAGAGACCACAGUUGGAUUCCAGUUAUAUUCUCCAAUCAAAGUGAUUCAUAUCAUUCAGUCCUUUAAUAAGCCUGAUGUUGAAGAGGCUUGUAUUUAUUAACAAUACCAAAAGAUGGGAGAAAAAAAUGAUGAUGCAAAAACUUUCUGGAUGGAGCUAGAAGAUGAUGGAAAAGUGGACUUCAUAUUUGAACAAGUGCAAAAUGUGCUGCAGUCACUGAAACAAAAGAUCAAAGAUGGAUCUGCAACAAAUAAAGAAUACAUCCAAGCAAUGAUUCUAGUGAAUGAAGCAACUAUAAGUAAAAAUUCAGCUUUGAUAAAGGAUCAUAUGCCUGAGACUCAGAAUGAACAGGAAAACAAAUCAAAUACAUCUCCCUCUACAUCAUAUGAAAACUUUCCAGAAGACUGUACAUUUCUAUCUACAGAAAAUGAGGAAAUUCUCUCUCUGGAAAAUAAAGUAGACUGUAGAGAAAAAUCAUCUUCGAAUUUAUCUUACCAAAGUCAUGACUGCUCUGGUGCCUGUCUGAUGAAAAUGCCACCAACCUUCAAGGGAGAAAACCCUCUGCAGCUACCAAUUAAAUGUCACUUCCAAAGACGACAUGCGAAGACAAACUCUCAUUCUUCAGCACUCCAUGUGAGUUAUAAAACCCCUUGUGGAAGAAGUCUACGAAACAUGGAGGAAGUUUUUCGUUACCUGCUUGAGACAGAGUGUAACUUUUUAUUUACAGAUAACUUUUCUUUCAAUACGUAUGUUCAGUUGACUCGGAACUCCCCAAAGCAAGAAGAAAUUGUUUCUGGUGUGGAUAUUAGCAAUGGAGUGGAAUCAAUACCCAUUUCUUUCUGUAAUGAAAUUGAUAGUAGAAAGCUUCCGCAGUUUAAGUACAGAAAGACUUUGUGGCCACGAGCAUACUAUCUAAACAGCUUUUCCAACAUGUUUACUGAUUCAUGUGACUGUUCUGGGGGCUGCAUAGACAUAACAAAAUGUGCAUGUCUUCAACUAACAGCAAGGAAUGCCCAAACUUCCCCCUUGUCAAGUAAUAAAAUAACCACUGGAUAUAAAUAUAAAAGACUACAGAGACAAAUACCUACUGGCAUUUAUGAAUGCAGCCUGUUGUGCAAAUGUAAUCGACAAUUGUGUCAAAACCGAGUUGUCCAACAUGGUCCUCAAGUAAGGCUACAGGUGUUCAAAACUGAGAAGAAGGGAUGGGGAGUACGCUGUCUGGAUGACAUUGACAGAGGGACAUUUGUUUGUAUCUACUCAGGAAGAUUACUAAGCAGAGCUAACAGUGAGAAAUCUAAUGCUAUUGAUGAAAAUAGGAAAGAAAAGAAUACUAUGAAAAAUAAACUUUCAAAAAAGAGGAAAAUAGAAGUUGCAUGUUCAGAUUGUGAGGUUGAAAUUAUCCCAUUAGAACUGGAAACAGAUCCUAGAAGUGCUGAAACUGAAGAAUGUCCACCAGAGUUCAGUAAUAAUUCCAAAGAGCUUGUCACGGAAAUGAAGUAUAACAAUAUUUCAAGAAUUCAUUGUCAUUCAGUUAUUAGAAGUCCUAAAUCCAAGACAGCAAUUUUUCAACACAAUGGGAAAAAGACGGAAUUUGUUUCCUUCGAGUCUGUCACCUCAGAAGAUAACGAUAGAUUUAAACCAAGCCGGGAACAUCUGAACUCUAAAGCCAAGGGAGCACAAAGUGUCUUUCAGGUUGCAGAAAAGAUGGAAAAAAGGACAUGUGCACUCUGCCCCAGUGGUGUCGAUUAUAGUGUCCUGUACUUUUCGCAAUCAGAGAAUAUAGCUGCUCAUGAAAAUUGUUUGCUGUAUUCUUCAGCACUUGUGGAAUGUGAGGAUAACAAUUCACAGAAUCUUGACAGAAGCUUUGAUGUGGAAUCAGUAAAGAAAGAAAUCCAGAGAGGAAGGAGGCUGAAAUGCUCAUUUUGUCGUGAAAGAGGGGCCACCGUGGGAUGCGACGUGAAAGCCUGUAAAAGGUCAUACCACUUCUUCUGUGCCAAGAGGGACCACACAGUUCUGCAAGCUGAUGAAUCUCAAGGAAUUUAUAAAUUGUUAUGCCAACAACAUGCUCCUGUAUCACUGAACAUCCCUCCAAGUGAAGCAAAAAGAAAAAGAGAAAGGAAGAAAGGUCUCCAGACAGACAUUCUUAUACAGGCUGCUGAAACAAUGAAAUUAAAUACAUACAUGAGACAAGUGAAGGAGGAGCCUGGCAGACACACAGAUGCAAUCGUGAAAGCUCCUUUCCUUAAGAAAUGUAAGGAAGCAGGACUUCUUCAUGACUUAUUUGAAGAAAUAUUAGACAAACUUCAUUUGGUUCAAGAAAGACUCAUGGAUGAGAGGACUUCGGAAUCAGAGUAUGAAGAAAUUGGAGCUUCACUUUUUGACUGUAGACUGUUUGAAGACAUAUUUGUACAUUUUGAAGCAGCAAUACAGAGUAAAGUCCAUGAAUCUGAAAAAAGGCUGCAGAAGCUAAAGAAAGAGAUUGAGCUACUUCAGGACCUAAAAGAAACCUUGGGCUCUUUUCAAGAAAAUAGAGACCUUAGGUCAAGUUCCACAUCCAUAUCGUCCAUGUCUUCUUAAGGAUUACCAUGUCUUAAACCAGGCAAAAUGGAAAUCCCAGAGAUCUGUGAAAAACUGCAUCUCAGGACUAGGCCUCUUAUCUCACCCUAGGCCUGAACUGCAAUUCCCACCAGCUCUUACCUCUUCUUGCCAAUGGGGUGUUUAUUGCCUCCCUCUGUUAUCAUCGCACUUCUACUGGCCCUCUCCACCAAAAUGUUUCUCAGAUUCUGCUUCAGUUAAUUGGAUCCUGCUUCCCAUCUCUCCCACCCUCUGUACUUCAAAUCCUGUGGGUGGCCACUUGCUGGUGCAUUCCCUCCCUCCACGGUGAUCUAAGUGGAUUCCAGUAAUAUACCAGGUGCUAUAUAAUAUACCCAGGGCCUUUGCACAUCCUGUUAUGAUCUUAACUCCUCUUUCAGCUUUGCCUACCUGCUCCUCCUGCAGAUCUCACUAUAAAUCUUCCUUUAUUCCCUCUGAGAGGACUUUUCCUUCACAUCAUUUCUCAGUAUAAUAGUAUCUUACAUCACACCAAUAGAGUACAAGCUCUCUGAGGGCAGAAACUCACCAUUCCUGUGUUUUGCUCACUCUCACAUUUCCAGCACCUACUAUGCUCAAUAAAUGUUUGUAGACAAAAUGCAUAAACUGUUCUCAACUUUUGAGACUAGUUCCAAAAUGAGACCGUAAUGGAUGUCAGAUAUAAUAAAUUUGAAUGUACUACU